AUGCUUGGCUUGACCUUCAGAGGGCUGGUGUGCGUGACAGCAAACAUGAUUCACAGCGUUUUGAUUUCAUGGAAAUUGCGCGUGCUGAGGCUGCUUUCGGCCAUUGAGGAACAGCGCCACGUGGUUCCAAUCUCGCUUUGGGUCUUGUAUCGCGAAUGGGUGGAUGAUGUCAUCGAUGGCCAGGUGGAGCAGGUUGAUUCGUGGCACCACUUCGUGGUUGCGCGUGCUCUCGGGCUAAACCUUUGCAAGACCAAGGAGACUAAACCUCAUGAGGCUGCAGAUCUCGUGGCCUUGUUGGCCGAAGACAACAAACUGGGCCAUGGCAAUCCAGCCGACUCGUUGGAAGCAUGGCUUGAUGAGACGAGGGAAGCUUUCGAUUUCCGGUUCCGGAAGGCUCAUCACCGAAGCUUUGAUGGCCUGACGAUCGCAGAGGAAGGCGAGUGGCAAGGCGACCUGUGUUUUGUUCAACUUGCUGAUCCUCAGCUUGGCAUGAAACAUGGAGACAGAUCAUGGGAAGAGGAGAAAGCAAUGUUGAGUCUGGCAGUCCAGCACGUCAACAAGCUCAAACCGCGCUUUUUGCUCGUAAGUGGCGACUUAACCAAUGCAUGGCCUGUGGGGCCGCAGGCAGACCCUGCAAGUGCUGCUAAGCAGGUGGUGGCUGUCAAGGAGGUUCUGCGCGAAGUGGACAGUUCUAUCCCAAUUGUUUUCGUUCCAGGCAAUCACGAUAUUGGGCAGGUUCCAACCCCGAAUGAGCUAGACUUAUAUCGCUCGAGAUGGGGUGACGACUACUUCUCAUUUUGGGUCGGUGGCGUCUACUUUAUGGUUGUGAAUUCUCAGUUCUAUAUGGAUUCGUCGAAAACAGAGAUGCAGCGAAAAGACCAGGACGCAUGGAUUGAAGCUCAGUUUGAAGCUCUUAAGAAAAGGCAGCCAAAGCACGCAGUAGUUCUGAGCCACGUUCCUCCAUUCAUCGCAGAACCGAAGGAACCGCAAGGCUGGGCAAAUUGGGAAGUUGAACCGAGAGAGCGCAUCGUGAAGCUGGCGAAAGAUGCUGGUGUAAGGCUUUGGCUGUGCGGUCAUUAUCAUGGCAAUGCUAUUGCGGUGGACGAUGACCUUGAGGUCGUAACUUGUGCUGGUGUUGGCACCAACAUCAAUUGGACUGCAAAUCCGGGCGUGGUGGCCACUUCCAUAAGGCCUGAUUUUGAGAGGUGUGUGGGAGAUCCUCCCUUCUUUGCCGAUGCGCAGCAUUCGGGUCUGCGAAUUGUUCGUUUUGACGAAGAAGGGCACAGGCACAGCUGGUUUGUACUGGCUGAUGCCCCCCCCACGCUUUUGGACGCUUUCCGCCAGGGCGGUAACUCUCCCUCACGCAAGCAAAAGCGGAACAGCGAGGCAAUCACCAACAGGUUAGGCCUAUGCUCGACAUCGUCCGGGUAA